AUGGAUCCUAUAUUGAUGCAUGCUCAAGUCCAAAUGUGGAGUGCAAAGGCAGGAAUGUCAAAGUCCAGAAGUGUAUGCAUUGAAUCAUCGGUAGGAAAACGGGAAGUUAAACUUCUGCUCUAUUUCAGCACUGGCAAGAUUAAAGCUUUGCAGGUAAACAAUAAUAUUAAAAGUGUGAUCCUUAGAACCUAUGGCGAAGACCAGAAUUACCUACAUUUAACUUUCAAAAAUAAUGAUUUCUUGUUUGUUGAGAAACUAACCACCACAAAUGCCAGACAACUGAAGAGAUUCCUAGACAAAGUCUAUCAAAGAAAUCUUCGGGCAUCCAGGAGAAAUGAGGAGGAGACAUCUGGUGGUCCCAGCACAAGCAGAGAGGAGUUGGGUGGCUCCUCAUCACUGGAACUUCAUUCAGAAGCAGGUAGUAAAUGCUUGGAGUCAGCCAAAGAAAGUGAAACAUCAGUGCUUUGUGAGGUGCCUUUGUCUUCAUCCUCAUCAGCCACACUUAAUAAUAUAGGCUUAUUAGAAAAACAACUUGUAAAGAGGAAAAGAUCCUCACCUGAUGCAGGAAAGAAGCAAAAAGGAAAUAUGCAGAAGGGCAGUAGUAAAGGAUUCGAGGCAAAGUCAGUGGUACCUGUGCAUGAUGAUAAAGGGAAAGAGAGGGAUGUAAGAAAGACAGAAAAGAGUAAACCAGGAUUCGGAAUUUCGUCUGAGACCAACUAUCCUGGAGAGUCUGAUUCAGAUGCCCGUGAUCUUCAUGAUCUUAUUACAAAAUUGUUUUCACCGUUCCUGUUGGAACUACACUGUGUGGAGAAGGGCAUAGAGUGGCACGAGUAUGUGAAGUCACUCUUACUGUACCCAGAGAAAGCAUGGCAAGGUCUGCCUAACGUGGGAAACACCUGUUAUAUAAAUGUAGUAUUACAGUCUCUAUGCUCCGUUCCACUGUUUGUUAAUGAUUUAUUCAAUCAGGGCUUCCCGUGGAUUAAACCUCCCAGAGAUGAUUUUAACAUGUGCUUGAUGCAACUGCUUGUUUUCAAAGAUAUUUACAACAUGAAGACUAGGGAGACGUUGCUUUUAAGUAUUACCAAAGCCCUCUCAGAACUUGGACAGGUUUUCACUGCUGACACACAGAAUGAUGCUCAUGAGUUUUUAAGUCUCUGUUUAGUUCAGCUGAAGGAAACUGUACAGAAAUUAUCCGUAUUGUGGCAAUCUGAAAAUGAAUCUGGAGGAAAUAGUUUACUUAGACGGAUUUUUGCUGACCAUGCUAUUAUCAACAAAAUUCCCGUUUGUCCCGUUGCCAGUAAUUUUGAAUUUGACUUGAUGAGAUCUAUUUUUUGUAAAGGUUGUGGCCAGGCUGUUUUCAAGAAAGAACAGAGUAGUUAUCUCUCCAUCAACAUUCCUCAAGGAUUGAAAGGACAGAACUUGUCUAUUCAGUCCAGUUUUGAUCUUUUUUUUAAAGCUGAAGAGCUUGAGCAUAGAUGUGAAAGGUGUAUGCACAACAAAUCUGUUGCAUUGCACAAAUUUGGCAGCCUCCCUAGAGUUAUUAUUAUUCACCUAAAACGCUAUCGCUUUAGUGUGUCACAGGUGACAAAAAAGGAUGAACAGCACAUCGUUAUUUCCAAGUAUUUAAAGCUAUCUUUUCAUUGCAACAAAAACACAAAACCACCACAUCCCAUUAGCCAAAAUGCACAUGUUAAGGACGUUGACUUACUAAAACCCCUUCAAGAGUUGGGUUCUGAUAUACUGAAAUUACCAUUUAAUUCAAUAAUGACCUCAAGAUUCAAGGAUUUCCCAACUGUAAACACCAGAUCAGACAAGGAGUCAGAAGCACAAAAUGUAAAGGGAGUUUCUAAAGUGUUGAGUGGAAAAGUGCAGCAGAAAGACCAGGGAAAGGAUGACACACCAAAUGUAAUUGUGUCAGAAUUAACAAACGAGACAGAAAAACUCAAGAAACAUGAGAAAGCAAAUUUACUUAGCAAGUUAGACCCUGGUAGCAUCAGUGAGGCUACUGAAGAUAAUGACAUCAAAAUUCCAGAAAGAUGCCAAACGUGCCAAGAGGCUCAAAAAUGUUCUGAAAAAAGAAGUGAUAAACAGAUCUCGAGAAAGGCAGUUGCUAAAAGCCAUCCAAAACCAUGCUCCCACGAACAGAUAGAAAACCCCAGGAAACCUGCAGAGUCACAUACCCAGAAUGGCAAUCUGAAUUCACAGGGCUCACAAUAUUCCAGUAAGAGCCCAGGAAACAAAGAUGGUUUAGGUAAGAAGACAAAGCCUACAGGCAAGGUGAAAUCACAUAGGGAUACUGGUAAAGAAGAAAAUGCUUACAGGCUCAUUAAUAUUAUCAGCCAUAUUGGGAGCAGUCCCCACGGAGGCCACUAUAUCAAUGAUGCCUUUGACUUCAGGAAGCAGGAUUGGUUCACUUAUAGUGAUCCACAGGUGGCAAGUAUACAAGAGGACUUUGUAUGUAAGGCUAGGCUUUCCACUGGAUAUGUCUUCUUUUACAUGCAUAAUGAGAUCUUUGAAGAGCUCUUGGCAAGGGAAACUCGGUCUCGCAACAAAUCACAGAAGUAGUACAAGGGACAUAUG